AUGACACCUAGUUCUUAUCCGCAUGAGGUUUUAACUGAUGAAGACAAUGCUCCAUCACCAAGCAACGAUGAAGAACAACCAGAAAAUAUAUCUCAGUCUAGGCAAAUGGCAGGAGAGUGCCCUGAAAACACUAUUCCAAUCAAAAGAAUAACAAAAGAAGAUCUUCUCAGAGUAGAUAAUAUCAAAAAUUACGGGAAAAAAUCAAAUAUCUCUCGGCCUUAUCAGUUAUAUAACCCGAUUGAUAUCAUCUCAGAUAAUAAUGACCACGAGUAUGCUAUCGCAUAUGUUAAUGGUGGUCCUUACCGCGGAACGAAAGCACAGAUAACCGUAUGGAAACCGCGGAUAGAAGCAGGAGAAUCCAGUUUAUCACAGAUAUGGAUCAUUGGAGGCAAAUUUGGUCCUGGUUUGAAUACUAUAGAAGCUGGUUUGCAUGUCAACCCGGAUCUAUAUGGUGAUUCCAAUCCUCACUUUUUUAUUUACUGGACUAGAUGCGAUUUCGCACUUGCUUAUCAAUUCUUGAGAGUAACAGAGGAGCUGACCACUCGGCCAUUUCUCUCCUGCCACACCGAGUAUACUGCUGUUUGA